AUGGGUUUGAUUGGUUCGCAAGAUGCAGCAUUAGAUCAUUUAAACGUACUUUUUACUGAGAAUCUAAUGUUGGAAAGUCCAUUUUUCGACGAUUUAUUCAAAUACAAAAUAGAUUCAUCGAAAGAAAAAACCAUCAAAACUAAAUUUUCCGAAAAUUUCGAAACAAAUAUCGAAACCUUCAAGGUAUUAUAUCAAAGAUGUAGCCUAUCAUUAGAAAACAUUUACAAUUCUCCAGAAUCGAACACAAAAUCGUUUUCAACAGAAACAAUUGUGAUUAUUCUUGAAUUUGUGAUCUCUCUGGCAUCAAAAUCAACCAACCCAAAAGAAUUUCUUUCAAUUAAUUUAAAAGAUGAUUUUACUAUUGCAGAUUCUUUAAUUAGCUUAUUUCUUCACGAAAUUGAUAUUCUCUAUGAUCCAAAUGAUACAAAUCCUCCUAAACGGACAGACAGAGAAAUACUUGGUAUUAUUAGAAUACUAACAUAUCUUAAAUUACAACGAUUUAAAGUACCACAUCAAAAUUAUAUUAAUUUUGUUAAUUACGCACUUUGUAAAACACAUCAAGUCUUUCUUUCUCCAUCAGGAAAAGGUCCUUCUUAUGAAAUUCAAGUUAAUAUUUCUCAAACUUCAUUAAUUCUCAUUCUUUUGUUGAAAAUCAACAUCCCUCUUCUCAAAAUCAAAUUCAUCAGCUUGUAUCAACCAUUUACAGACACUUCAUCUUUCAAAUACAGAAAUGAAACCAUUUAUUUACUUGUUGUCUGUGCAUUAAACAUCAAAUCAGCCAUCAAAGAUAUUAUUAAGAAGAAAGGAUUCGUUGUUUUCACUAAUUUACUUAAUAUUCUCGAUACAAUUCAUUUAUCUAAUUUUUCACCAUAUAUUAUGUAUAUUAUUAUGCGUUCUAUCGAUUCGAAAACAUUCACACAACAAUUUAAUCUCCCUUUCUCAUCAAACAAAUCAUUUAAUAUUCGUUUUCACCGAGGAACAUAUUUAGAUGUUACAAACGAGAUCAUUUGCAAAUGUUUAUCAGAUAACAAGAACUUAUAUGACUUUGCAAUUCCAUCCAUUGCAAAAUUAAUCCUCAACGCGAAGAAUAUUUCGUAUUUCACGGCAAUGACAAUUCUUGACUUGAUAUCUGCUACGAAAUCCCUUCUUUUAAUUAAUUGUCUUCAUUAUACAAUCAACAAUGGCAUCAGAUCAAACAUUUCUUUGAUAAUUGUGAUGAUGAAAAAAUCAAAUAUCUUUUUCCAGUUGCAAAAACUGUAUCCGGACUCACAAGAAGUUAACUCCAUUGUUGUAAUGCUCAAGAAUAUCAAUACAGAGUUAAAACAAAUAGGAGAUAACUUUACAGACGUAUUUCUUGAAAAUUUCUUCCAAGAUCCCACUUGUGAGCAUUUUGCUAACCCUGUUUUAAGAGUUCCUUCGACAGAAAUGAAAGUUCAACUUCAUCAUUUCGAAUUUUUUGGCAAUUUAGCCAAAAUUAACUUAGAAAUGACUGAAUGA